AUGGUUCAAAUAUCCCUCCUACGCAUUUACUUUGAAGUGAGUCGCUUGAUAGGACUAUGCAAUCUGCACUACGAUUCCCGGAACUAUCGCUUUAUCCUCUACCACGUGCCCACGGUGACCUACUGCCUCAUCCUGAAUGUGGCCUAUCUUUUGAUCCUGCCCUUUGCCUUGGCCCUCCUAACGGGCAAUGUAUACAAGUGCAAGAAUAUGGGAAUGUUUGGGGCGGUCUAUAAUGUGGUGGCUCUGACCAAACUCCUGACCAUGCUGCUCUUAAUGUUCAGUGUUUGGGCGAAGAGACGUCGGUUGCAUAAGCUGGGAAAUGAUCUGAUGAAAAUGCUGCACAAAUUUCGGUUUGCCUUGGGAAACGAUUGCAGGAGAAGAUGUCUGUGCAAAGUUUUGCUAACCAGUUCUCGAUUUGUGCUCCUCACACAGCAGCUAAUAACACGAGACUCCUUGGUCGAGUGUGAGAAUGAGUCCAGUUUCAGGAGAGCUAUGGUUCCAUACUUUAUGGCAUCCGUAGUUUACGCUUUGAUCUUGAUUCUACUAAUGAGCUAUGUGGAUUUGACGGUCUACAUGAUCGAGGUAGCUGGGAAUUGGCUGCUGGGAAACAUGUCGCAGAGUGUUCAGGAAAUGAUUCAGGAUCUGGAGGCCUUGCCCAAACGAAAGGGAAUUCUUCGAGAGAUGGGCUUGAGGCAAAUUCUUCCCGCCUGGCGAAAACUUUGGAGGCACUGCCUUCAUCUCGAUGAGGUCCUCAACCAGAUUGUUGAUAUCUUUCAAUGGCAGCUACUCUUCAACUUGCUCACCACUUAUAUCUCCAAUAUAACCAUUCUGUUUCGAUUGUGGAUUUACCUGGAAUUUGACCAAACUUUUCACAUUUGGAAGGCCAUUUUAUUUGCUAUUCUAUUUCUCACUCAUCACGCCGAGGUCGUAAUGCAGUUUUCCAUCUUUGAGAUCAAUCGGAGGAAGUGGUUGGAGCUGCUAGGACGUGUGGUAAAACUUUGGGACGAUAAUUUUCCGGGUAGUAAAUAUAAAACCGGUAAAGGAAUGAUAUUGUCCAGACAGUUGGAGUUUUCGAUUUUGUAUCUCAACCGCAAGCUGCAACUGAAUCCACAACGUGUGAGACGCCUUCACAUCGUUGGAUUCUUUGAUCUGAGUAAUUCAACAGUUCAUAAAAUGUCCAGUAACAUAAUAACCAAUGUUUUGGUUCUGUGUCAGAUUGCCUACAAAAUAUAUGGUUAA